AUGGGAAAUAAAUUUACUUGGAGUAAGCACUACCCUGAUGGAUACAUGGUUUGGAAAAGGCUUGAUAAAGCUGUGGGCAUGUGUGAUUGGCUUACAAUGUUUCCAGCUUCUAAGUAUGUUCCACAGAUGGUCACCAAUGAAAUGAACACUAUGCUAUUAGCUGAAUUUACAAAAGCUAAGGAGAGCAUUGGGGAUGAUGUGGCCAAGGCUGUUAUCUCUUGUCUGAAUUCAAGGGCGAUACCAGCAAGCUUAAACCACACAUAUAUCACUCUCAUUCCAAUGGUCAAGAGUCCGGAGCAUGUGACUGAAUUCCGCCCAAUAGCUUUAUGUAACAUCCUGUACAAGCUAAUUUCAAAAGUCUUGGCGAACCGAUUGAAGAAGAUCCUACUUGAAAUAAUUUCUGAGUCACAAAGUGCCUUCCAAUUUGAUAAGGCUAUUAGUGACAAUAUCCUGGUGGCAUUUGAGACUCUCCACCACAUGAAACAGAGGAGAACAGGCAAGACGGAUUUCAUGACUAUGAAGCUGGACAUGAGCAAAGCGUAUGAUAGAGUAGAAUGGGAUUUUCUUCUUCUACUAAUGGAAAGAAUGGGCUUUCAAAGGAGAUGGAUUAAUCUCAUUUCAGCUUGUAUAAGCACGGUGACGUAUUCGAUUCUUGUGAAUGGCGAACCCAAGGGUAAUAUCCCCCACAAGAGAGCUCAAAUGGGAGAUAUCCAGAGCAUCCAGAAUAUUUUUGAGAGAUAUGAGAGGGUCUCAGGGCAACAGGUCAAUAAAUCCAAAACUACUCUAUUCUUUAGCACAAAUGUCUCUAAUGCCACAAAACACGCUAUCCAGGAAGCCCUUGGCGUGCCUGAAGUUAAGGAGUAUGAGAAGUACUUGGAGUUAACGGCAGUAGUGGGGAGGAACAAAAGAGCAUGCUUGAAUUUUAUCAAGGACCAUGUGUGGGGAAAAAUACAAGGUUGGAAGAAGAAAUUAUUAUCGCAAGCAGGUAAGGAGAUUCUCCUCAAAUCUGUAGUCCAAGCCAUACCAACCUUUGCCAUGAGUUGUUUCAAAUUACCAGUGGGGCUAUGUAAAGAUAUUGAAGCAAUGACAAGGUGUUCAAAGCGAAGUAUUUUUCCCAAUGGUUCAAUCUUUGAGGCAAAGCAAAAUUCGGGCUCAUAUGCAUGGAGAAGCAUCUUAAAGGCAAGGAAAGUUAUUUCUCAUGGGGGGUUGUGGCGGGUUGGAGAUGGUUGUAAUAUUAGAACUUUUGGAGACCCAUGGCUGAUGGAUAACAAUGAAAGCCGAGUUAGUAUACCAAAUAACUCUUUACUUGAGAACAACACGGUUGAUGUGCUUAUAGACCAACACACGAGGGAGUGGAAGGUCAAUCUAAUUGACUCAGUCUUCACCCUUGAUGAAGCAAAACUUAUCAAGGCUAUCCCGUUGAGUUCACUACCCCAAAACAAUUUUCUGUUUUGGCCUUUGGACAGCUUUGGUAAUUACACAAUAAAGUCAGGUUAUAAAAUGCUGAGUGAGGAAUGUCACAAUGAUGAAGAUGGCCAAGCAACUCGUGGAGUUAGUAACUCAGUUUGGAAAGGAAUAUGGAAGAUGUCCACUCCUGGAAAAAUCAAACACUUUCUAUGGAGAGCAUGUUCAGAUGCUUUGCCCACUAAAUCAAACCUACUGAAGAGAAAAAUCCUUGAGAAGGAUACAUGUCAGUUCUGUGCAAAGGAACCUGAAAACAUCUCACACGCCUUAUGGGAGUGCGAGUUGUUGCAUCAGGAGAAACAAGACUGGCUCAAUGAACCAAUGAUGCCCGUUCAAAAAAUUGCAGUGGAAGCCCACCAUUAUCUUGCUACCUACAGGUCUGGGAUUAAUAUUAUGCAGAAAAAACAACCCCAAUCAAGGACUAGAUGGUACCCUUCUCCACUUGGUAGGUACAAGACCAACUUUGAUGGUGCUGUGUUUGAACAAAUAGGGGAAGCAGGGAUAAGAGUGGUGAUUAGAAACUCAGCUGGAGAAGUAAUGGCUUAA